CAGAGGCAGGAGGAGAAUGCCACUGUCUAAUGCCACCCACUUUCAUUCCCCCACGUGCAUCUUGCUGGGGGUCCCGGGGCUGGAAGCUCUCCACUCCUGGAUCUCCAUCCCCUUCUGCCUCGGCUACGUCGUCGCUCUCCUGGGCAAUUGUACCAUCCUCUUCAUCAUCAAAACAGAAGCCAACCUCCACCAGCCCAUGUUCUACUUCCUCUCCGUCCUUUCGGCCAUCGACCUGGGCCUCUCCACCUCCACUCUGCCCAAGAUGCUGGCCAUCUUCUGGUUUGGACUCGGGGAGAUGAGCUUCGGCUCCUGCCUCGCCCAGAUGUUCUUCAUCCACACCUUCACGGGGAUGGAGUCUGUCGUGCUGCUAGCCAUGGCCUUUGACAGGUACGUGGCCAUCUGUGACCCCUUGAGGUACACCACCAUCCUGACCAAGCCACAGCUCGCCUGGAUGUGCGCUGGCGUGGCUCUGAGACCCUCCAUGCUGGUGCUGCCCAUUGCCCUGUUGACUCUCCGCCUGCCCUUCUGCAGCGACCACAUCAUCGUUGCCCACACCUACUGCGAGCACAUGGGCAUCGCCAAGCUGGCCUGUGCCGACAUCCGGGUCAAUGCCAUCUACGGCCUCUUCGCCAUUGCCUUCCUCAUGCUAGAUUUGGUCCUCAUUAUUCUGUCCUAUGUGCUGAUCUUGCAGUCUGUUUUCCGGCUCCCCUCCAAAGAGGCCCGGCUCAAAUCCCUGGGCACUUGUGCUUCCCACGUGGCCGUGAUUUGUGUCUUCUACACUCCUGCCUUCUUCUCCUUCCUCACCCACCGCUUUGGACGCAACAUCCCCCAUUAUGCACAUAUCCUCAUUGCCAACCUCUACGUCAUUUUGCCCCCGGUGCUCAACCCCGUCAUUUACGGCAUCCGGACCCGGGAGCUGCGCAGGAGGAUCCUGCAGUUCUUCUUCUCCAAAAGGGCGCCUUUCUCCAGCGUCUCCUGAUUAUCCUGCCUUGCAGGGGGUUGGACUAGAUGACCCCCAGGGUCCCUCCCCACUCUACGAUUCUAUUUUGCAUUCCUACAA